GUGGGAGUGUCCACAAGUUAGAAGCAGCUACAGUCAUAUUCAAAUGUUCAGGGACUGUUUCAUUUACCUCUGCUCUCUGAUCCACCAUGAAGUUGUAUGUGAUCGUUCCUCUGUGUGCUCUGUUCGCCCUCACCCAACAGGCACCUUCACGUGAUACGUGUGUGUGUCACUUGACUAGUUCAGAGAAGGCAUUCCCUCAUGACAAACUCAGCACACUGGACAACAAUGUAUCAAAUUGCAACAGCAACAUCACCCCACAGAAGACUCUGGAGCUGGAGAGUCUGCUGUUGGGUUUGGAGCGACGUCUGCCCCAGCUGCAGGAAGAUGUGUCGAUGCUGGAGAGGGAGGAUGACGGACAGCUCUAUGCAGUUCUCAGCCUGUAUGUGGUAGAGAAUGAACUGGUGGAGAUCACACAGCUCAUCGACAGGCUCAACGGCACCACCCUGGGACACCAGCGUUUAACUGCUAACACCACUAAACAGUUGGAUGACAUGAAAGCAGAGAUGCAGCAGCUGGAGACGUACGACACCAUGCAGGUGGUGAAGAGACAACAAGACAACAAGCGUCUACUGAAAGACCUGGACCAGUGCAGGAAUGGACCUCAACCCACUGCCAAACCCACUCAACCUCAACCUGGUAACUGUCCCCAUGGUGAAAUUCGGAACAUUACCGGGCCGAGGGUGUACACAGAAGGAGAGUACCCUGGGUCCUACAUGUAUGGAGCCUGGGGUCGGGAUCCCAAACCAGAUGCGGGGAAGGAGAACUGGUAUUGGCUGGUAAUGCUGACUUCCAGCAACAUAUACGCCAACUACGUCCGUCGCUAUUCCAGCCUGAGUGCUCUCAUUGUGGGGAAGAGCACCCCAGGUAAUGUCCAGAUCCACUCCUCUAACCCAACCACUAACACCGUCCAGGGUCCCAAUGCUGUGCUGUAUGGAGAGGCCCUAUACUACAACUGUUACAACCAAGAUUUAGUUUGUCGAUUCAACCUCACCACCAAAGCUGUUACCACCUUACAGCUACCCAAAGGCACUAGAUAUAACUCAAAGGGUAACUUCUGCCACCUUGAAGGAUGCUACCCGUACACCGAUCUGGACCUGGCGACAGAUGAGUCAGGCGUCUGGGUGAUCUAUACCAGCAAACAGGACUUUGGCAACCUGGUGCUGUCCAAGGUGGAGGAAGGUGAACCGCUGACGCUCGGCCAAACCUGGCGCACCUCGGUCUACAAGCAAGGGGUUACCAACACAUUCAUGGCCUGUGGUGUGCUCUAUGCGACACGGUACGUCAACAAAAACGUGGAGGAGAUCUUCUAUUCGUUUGACACCACAACAGGGGUAGAAAGGUUCGACAUUGGUGUGUUCAUCAACAAAAUGACUGCCAAUAUUCAUUCCCUGAACUACAGCCCUGUGGACCAGAUGCUACAUGCCUACUGUGACUCCUACAUGGUUUCUUAUAAGGUUUUGUUUUCAUAAGUAGAUAAUGUUAACAUUUGCUGUAAAAGCCUGUAUAAUAAAGGCUCCAGUGAUAGGGACCAGCAUGAAUGAAUAAAAGUUGUUCCUUUACGGGAAUGAAAAAAUUGCUGUACUGUGCAUGGGAAAUUUACAUGGUAAAUUCAGCAUAAUAAACAUUUGCAUUCUACUAAUUCCAUUUGUACAAAAAUAGCAUCAUGUCAACUCAGUACUCUGCUGAUGUCUUCUAUCUUCUCUAAAUUAGUCACUUUGCUGUUUUUCCACCAUUGUUAAGCUAUUAUCAGUUAAACUUCCCGGAGAUGUUUCACUUUAAAAGCCUACCAGGGAAGUGAAUUUUUUCCUCUGAACUGCUGGAAUUAUUUUAGAUCAAACAUUUGUGUAGAAGGUGUAGAGUUUCACAUCAUUAGCCCAAAACUGGACCAAAA